AUGUCAACAACAUCGCACAGACCUGUGCCGAAGUUUCAACAUACAUUCCAGUUAACAAGAUUAAGAAAUGGGAUAUGGCACAACGUAGAGGAAAACGCGACUCAAGAAGAUUACUACCAAGAAAAUUACUAUCAUGAAGAACAAUUUCGAGAAAUUUACCAACCGUCUUAUCAAUAUUAUGACCCGAUCAUUCAAGAACACUAUGACGAAGAACCAGAAAACUCUCAAGAAAAUCCAAAUUUUCCUGCGACUGUUAUUGUCCAUAUAGUUCAAGCAAUUCGAAAAGAAACUGAAAGAGUAUAUGAAGAAUGGGAAUCAAAUUUGUAUUCAUCAACUGUUACAGCCGAUGAAAUAACUACAAAUUCGGAUACUUAUUGCUUUGAAAUGUUAUCCAUGGUAUUGGCGUUGUCUGGUAGUUCUGUUGGUAGGGCAUAUUUAUCCCAUCAAUAUGGUCUUUUAAAAAACCUUUUAACAUUAUUACAUGCUGGAAGUGCAAGAGUACAACGCCAAGUCACAUCAUUAUUGAGCAGAAUGAUGGCUGAAAUUUCCCCGGAAACAUUUGCUAAAAUAGUUGGAGUAAAAACGUUGCCUGCAAAGGAUUUUAACAUUAUUACUGCAACAAAUAAAGAUCCCGAUUCUGGAAAAUUUGAUAUAGAUCAGUUAGGAAUUUUGGAUGUAUUUCUUAGCGUUAUUGCAAAGUCUUUAACGUUACAAGUAAAAAUUAGAGGCAAAAAUGGAAAUAUUGGGGUUUCUAAGGAGAUAAAUACCAUUUCAUUAUCUACUUCAAUUAAUCCAAAGGAUAACCCACUUGAAAAAUGGUGGUUAAAAGGACAUGUAAAUAAAAAUCUUGCUGAAAUAAUUAUUAAGUUAAUUAAAGACAUGGCCUCAGGGAAAAUGUCCGAAGUUUGGGCAAAUAUAACAAAAGGAGCUAUAGCAGAAAAUAUUUUAGGUCUUACUUACCUUAACGACGAACAAAAAUUACCUAACAAUUGCGUGCAGACAACAACCUUAUGGCUAGCAUUAGCGUCACUUUGUGUUUUGGAUAAAGAUCAUGUCGAGAGAUUAAGUUCAGGUCAAUGGAUACAAUCGGAUGGUCAACCUAUGCCACCAAGACCAACAUGCGACAAUCACGACGAUGACGACACAAUUGCAAUAAUUCAAUGCAACUUCUGUGGUAAUUUGUGUGCAGAGUGUGAUAGAUAUCUCCACUUACAUAGAAAAGCCAGGAAUCAUCAGAGGCAGGUUUGUAAAGAAGAAGAGGAGGCUAUUAAAGUAGAAUUGCAUGAAGGCUGCGGAAGAACAAAAUUAUUCUGGCUUUUAGCCCUUGUUGAUUCAAGAACAUUGAAAGCUUUAAUAGAAUUUCGUGAAGGAGGAACUAAAAAGAAUGGAGUAGGAAUAAGUGGAAUAUGUAGAUUUUGUGGAGCUACAGGAAAUUCUGGUUUACUAGCCAUUGGGAAUAUAUGUGCUGAUCACGAAUGUCAGGAAUAUGGGAAGAUGGCGUGUAAUAAAUUAUUAAAUUGUGGGCAUAUAUGUGGUGGUGUACUUGGAGAAUCAAGAUGUUUGCCAUGCCUACACGGAUGUUUCAAUGGCAGUUCACUAAAACAAGAUUCAGAUGACAUGUGUAUGAUUUGUUUUACAGAAGCUUUAUCUUGUGCACCAGCUAUUCAGUUAAAAUGUGGCCAUGUGUUUCACUUUCACUGCUGUAAAGAGGUAUUAAGAAAAAAAUGGGUUGGUCCAAGGAUUACAUUCUCAUUUCUAUUGUGUCCAAUUUGUAAGACAGAAAUUGAUCAUGAAAUAUUAGAAGAGUUGCUGACACCCGUCCGAGAACUGUAUAAUGAUGUUCGCAGGAAAGCGUUAAUGAGAUUAGAAUAUGAAGGAUUGCAUGCUGCUGAGGCUGUACCUGGUACAAGUUUUCAUAAUGAUACUGCUUCGUAUGCAAUGGACAGAUUUGCGUAUUAUAUGUGUUACAAAUGCAACAAGGCAUAUUAUGGGGGUGAAGUUAGAUGUGAUGUUGAAUUAGGUGAAAAUUAUGAUCCAACAGAAUUAGUUUGUGGAGCUUGUUCUGACAUAGCAAGGGCACAAAUAUGUCCUAAACAUGGCACGGAUUUUUUGGAAUAUAAAUGUCGCUAUUGUUGUUCUGUUGCAAUUUUCUUCUGUUUUGGUACCACCCAUUUUUGUAAUCUUUGUCAUGAUGAUUUUCAAAGGGUAACCAACUUACAUAAAAGUGAAUUGCCCGUGUGUCCUGCAGGUCCAAGAGCUAUGCAACUUGAAGGAUAUGAAUGCCCGUUACUUAUGAAACAUCCUCCUACAGGUGAAGAAUUUGCAUUGGGUUGCGGAGUUUGUAGAAAUGCUCAUACUUUCUAAAAAUUUUCUAAUAGGUUCUAAAAUUAAACACAAAUAAGUUUC